AUGAGAGGCAUAUUCUCGACGACGCAUGAGCGACGACUGCAUCACAAGCACGACUGGAAAAAAGCGCGUCGGCCAUCCUGUCUUGAUGAAUUGAAUACCCCUCGUCACCGUCAUCGGCGAACGGAAACGUCCCUUGAUUCUGGUGUCGGGGCUGAUGUGGUGCCAAAUGGUGACAGUCAGCACCCAGGAACUGGAAGCCAAGGCCAGUAUGAGCACGGUGAUCCCCGCGAGGACCUAUCCUCCAACGAGGACUCCCGAGAAUCGACUGAAUCCGACGAAGCGUAUCACUCCGCUGGGGAGGAGAUUCACCGAGAUCAGGCCGUUUCCGACCGUCAGCAAAAUGUAAACGGGGCUACCAACAGCCCCAGCAGUGGUGAUCCAUCAAGCCCGCCCAUAAGCAGCUCCGAUACUGAUACGUUCGACACAACGGAUGACGAUAUGGGCGCGGAGCUCGAUCUCGAGCGAACCGUAACUCGACUGCGAUCGAGGGAAAUGUCCCAUACAAAGGAAAUAUUGGCAGAGACGUCCUAUCACAGUGCCAGGGCGACAAAGCAUAUUCUAAAUUGGCUCCUUCUGUUGCCUACCGAUUUGACUUUGAGUCUGACGAAAGGGUUUCAUAAUGCCCCGAAAUUGUAUCACGAUACCCUGGUGGAAGAAUCGCCACGAGUGCUUGGAGUGAGGAGUGGGUUUCGUGCUGCAGGAACGGAAUUCACUCAUGGAUUUUACAAUGGCAUUACUGGACUUGUCACGCAGCCCGUGGUCGGGAUGGAAAAGGCUGGUGGGAAAGGAUUAUUGAAAGGUAUUGGUAAAGGCGUAGGAGGUGUCUUCCUCAAACCCACUGCUGGCCUUUGGGGUUUGGCGGGCUACCCGCUGGACGGGAUGCACAAGAGUCUCCGCAACUCGCUCUCCAAGAGCAAAACGAAAGAUAUCCUGACAUCGCGAAUAAGACAGGGUAUUGAGGAGAUGUGUGCAGCUACCACGCAGCAACGAUCCCUGGUGAUCCAGAAAUGGCAUGAGUUGCAGCCAACGGGGCUGAGGCAUGAGCAUGGGCAUGAACAUGGCUCGUAG